AUGGCUACGACCGAUGGCGCCCUCUUUGAACUACCGAAAUUACGCGUUUCGCUUGCAUUUGAGAAUGAUACGCGGUUUCUCGGCCACGAUGACAAUGUAGCAGAAUUCUUUGACAUUAAGUUCUGCCCGUAUCAGCCACUAGACUGUUCUCCAGUUUUUGCUGCUGUGAGCAAGAAGCAUAUCGUUCUCUGCAAAUUGUCGCAAAGCAGCGGCGAGUCAAAUCCAUGCGAAGUCAUCAACGUGAUUCGAGAUGACGAUGAUGAGGCGUCCGGCUGCUGCUGUACAUGGACAAAGGACCCUGUCUCAGGAGCCCCGUACAUCUGCGUUGGCGGCGUUGAUGCCAAGGUCAAAAUAUACGACAUCUCAGAUGGAAGUCUUGUGGAGUGUUUUGUUGGGCAUGGAGGCGACGUGAACGAUUUGGCUACGUCGCCAAUCAACCCAUAUAUUAUCGCCUCAGCUUCGGAUGAUACAAGUGUUCGAAUAUGGAGUUUGGAUCCUGUUCACAAGGACCAGCCAUGUCUAUGUAUCCUGGCCGGAGAAGGCCACUCUUGGAAUUUGCUGUCCCUUGCGUUUCAUGACACUGGACGGUAUAUUCUGUCAGCUGGGCAUGACCAAAUAAUUAAUCUGUGGACCAUUCCAGAUCUUCCAACCGAUGCAAUCGACACCCCUCUUCAGGUUCACUAUCCGCACUUUUCCACUUCCGCUGUUCACAGUGGUAUCGUUGAUUGUGUUGCAUUCUUUGGGGACUGUAUCCUUUCCCGCGCUUGUCACGAUAAUGUCAUUGUCCUCUGGAGAAUCGAGGGAUUCUCAUCAGAAGGGCCACCGCCACCACAAAGUGCUGCUCCAACACCGCAAAACGUCAUCCCAACAAGCUAUGAAGAUCCAGAUCGCCUUACACGAUCUGCAUUUGUUCCGGCUACACUACCACAGUGCCCAUCGCAAUACACACGCUUGCUGGAAUUCCAUACCCCAAACUGCGGUCCUCAGUUCUUCAUGCGAUUCAAACUUCUUCACGUCCCAGAUCAAAACCCGGUUCUUGCGUUUUGCAAUGCGGCAGGCAACAUUUUCUUUUGGGACUUUCGGAGAAUCGGUGUGUAUCAUGAGUUCAUGGCAGGCCUGCACGGCAAGUCAAAGGGGGCUAUGGCCCCAAGUUGGCUGAAACCAUUCACCCCUCGGCAAAGAGCAGAUGCUAUGGGUAGAUUUAAAGGGGUUGGCAGUGACAGAGACUCGCUUGCAUCGGGCCAAACGGGCCAAACAGAAACAAGUGAAUAUAGCCUAGAAACGCUAGAAUCGUGGGCAUCUCGAUACAGCAUGGAAGAUCCCCAUGAACCGCUCCGGGCUCAUAAAACGGAGUCUUCCUCAGCAAACUUUGUUGGAAGGCAAGCAGCAUGGAGCCCGGGGGGGGAAUGGUGUGUGGUAGUAGGAAGCUCCAACGCAAUGUUGAUUUUACAAAGAUGGGCCAAAGGAGCUCCAUCUCUCAUCGAGACAUGA